AUGUCGUCGCUUAAUACGCAAACUUCAUUACACGCCGACGAAAUUCUUCGAGGAGGCUAUAAGAAAAUCAUCCAAGGCCAUACCGUUUUCCUGACCGGCAGCACAGGUUCAUUGGGAGGAUGUCUGCUGUUCAAAUUAGCGCUCCAACUUCCCACACGCAAAAUUUAUGCAUUUAUCCGCGGAAGCCAAGAGCAAGCAAUCAAUAAAUGGAGAAAGGCAAUGCCAGACCAUGUUCAAGCCAUUCUUUUAUCAAAGAAAGUCGAAUUUGUCACUGGGGACAUUAGAUCACCCAACUUUGGCAUACAACCCGCUAUCCUCCAAGAACUCUCAGAACAAGUCACAAUGAUCAUUCACACUGCCGCGAAAAUAACCCUCGACGCAAGCCUCCAAGAUGCAUUUGAGAACAACUGCCUUCCAGCCCUGGAAUUAGCUCGUAUAGCCUCCCGUUUCCCGCGUCUAAAGCUCCUCGUCCAGGUAUCAACAGCCUACGUCAAUAGUUUCCUCCCCGAUGGCCCCGUUUUAGAAAAGCCCUAUACACUCUCAAACGAGGAUCCCGAAGAAGAACUAGCCUCAAUCCUCAAGUUCAACAAAUCGCCCUACGCAACGCAGUUUUCAUCCAGCUACGCUCAAGCAAAGUCCCUCAUGGAGCGAAUCCUCAUCCAACGAUUCCCCACACUUCCAAUCUUACUUCUUCGUCCCACAAUAUUUGGCCAGGCCCUCCGAGACCCAUACCCGCUAUACGGGUUGGAAAACUCCACGCCACUGAAUAAAUUCUUCCAAUAUUUUAUGGAAGACCGUGGGGGCUCACAGGUCUGGCACGCUGCAGAAGGACAUCGCACGGGAGCAAACAUCAUUGAUGAAAUCCCGGUUGACUUCGUAGCUAAUGCAUGUCUUUUACAUGCCGCAGCACGUACGACGGGGAUAGUCCAGAUAGGAUCUGAGUUAUACGAGCCAUUUACAUUUGAUCAGUAUCUGGAAAUCGUACAUAGUAAUGCGCCGCCUGUUAUUCGGAAGGAGCUUCCGCGGGUCGUCUUUACAGAAGAUAGGGAGGAGCCGCAGUGCUUUUUGGCAGAGUUGGUGCGGGUUGCGUCGAGGAAUUGGCUUUUUGAUUGUGGGCGGUCUUACUGGCUUAAGCAGGUUGGGGGGCCGUUGAGUAUACGGGCUUGCAAGUUCCAGGUGGAUGGGUUGAAUAAGAGAAGGAUUCAUCAAAUUUAUACCUACGGUGCGGAGAAGGCUCGUAUGUGA